AUGCUCCAGCUCCAGCACCUGCGCCACGCCAUCUUCCUCGCACUCACCCGCUCCCACGUGCCAGUCCGACCCCUAACACCCAUUCACAUCCCCAUACCCAAAACGAUCCCCAUUCCCAUCCCCAUCCCCAACCUGACACCCAAACCGAUCCUUAUCCUCAUCCACAUCCGCAAACCGAUCCGCAUCACCAUGCUCAUUCUCAUUCCCAUCCUCAUCCACAUCACCAUCACCACCCCCAUCACAACCCCCAUCUCCAUCAACAUCCAUAUCCACAUCACUGCCCCUGCUCUCGCCCUCAGCAACAUCCUGACGUCAGUCCCCCUCCAACGCGCUCCCGCGCAUGAAACGUAUGCUCAAUGUUUACGCGGCUGCAGCUGUGUAGAAGACCGUCAUGGAAGGUCACUCAUAUGUAUGGAGGAGAGUGCGUUUGGUGCCAUACCAGAGAACCUUCCAGAUGAUAUGACCAAGAUCCGCAUAGAAAAAUGUCACUUCACUGAAAUACCAAGAGGGGCAUUCUCAAACACACCUGCAUUAGAGAACCUGUGGUUGAACUUCAAUGACAUCACAGUGAUAAACUCAAAGGGUCUGGAGGGUUUGGGGAACUUGACCGAGCUCCGUCUCCAGGGCAACAAGCUCCGCUCAGUACCAUGGACAGCGUUCGAGGAAACGCCGGGCCUGAAGAUCCUGGACCUGAAGCACAACCAGCUGGACGUCCUGCCGGAGCACGCGUUAAAAUAUUUGCCAGGUCUGACUUACUUAGACUUAUCUUUCAAUCGUCUUACAGUCAUAUCAAAGGAGGUCUUUCAAAACUGGCCUCUCUAUCAAAAACUACAGAGCACGGAGGAGCGGGAUGCGAGUGCUUUAGGGCCAAACAUCGUACUCGCUCUGCACGACAACUUGUGGAUGUGCGACUGCCGCUUGAAGGGCUUUGUGGAGUUCAUAAAGUCCCUGAGCCCCCCGAUUAUAUUGAUGAACUCCUACUUGACCUGCUCAGGGCCGGGCUUUAGGGAGGGAAAGUUCUUCCAUGAGGUGGAGCUGAAGGCGUGCGUGAAGCCCAUCGUCACCUCACCGUCCUCCAACAUCAGCAUGCCCCAGAGAACCAACCUCACCCUGCGCUGCCUCGCCAAGGCCAGGCCAGAGCCCGCUGUUUGGUGGACAUAUGGUCUGAAGAUAAUCAGAGGAUUUCAUGAGUCUCAGGAAAGAGUGGAUGAAGAAACCAUCAGAUUCUUCCUCGUGAUCCCAUCCCUCCAUAAAACUGAUCGUGGUGUCUACACCUGCAAUGCUAUCAACUUUAUUGGAAACUCCUCUGUCACCAUCUUCCUGGACGUCCUCUCUCAAGACGGCUCCCAGUCGUCACUCUUCCCUGGGAACUCAGCUCCACUUGCGGCCGGUGAUGAAAAUGUCUACAUUGACAUCCGUAUCGCCAAACAGACAGUACGUGGAAUCACCAUCGAGUGGCACGCCGCUUUAGACCACCCAACUGAAACCUGGUUCACCAUCCACUUUGGCCGUACAGGUAUUGAUAAGAAGGAGAUGAUCUACAUCGGCCCUGGGAUCCACUCGUACUCUGUCUCUGAUCUGAUGCGUGCCACCAAAUAUGACAUCUGUGUGACCCUUAAGAACCAGGCACCACGUCCCGGGCAGUGCAUCGUGUUUGUAACAGGAAGUGACGUUACUGAGAUGGAACAGAGGGAGAAGCUGAUUCAUAUAGUGGUGAUAGUUUUGGCCAUGGUGCUGGCUGUGCCUAUCGGUAUGUUUGCCUGCACUACUGAUGGUAAGUGUACCCGGCUGGAGGACAUCAUGGAGUCCUGGAAGAGGCGGAGGGGAGGCGGCUCAUCUGGGCUGGAGCGAGAGAGGCAGGGCACCUUCGACAGCCUGCAGGCCGCCAGUGACGAGGGCUUGGUUAAUAAAGAAUCCAGUGAAGACAAGAAGGUGAGGAGGAGGUCAGAAGACAGGCAGCAUAAAGGCAAAGCUGAACACUUCAGAGUCACAGCUGAACUUUAUUAA